AUAAUAAACUCCACACCAACUCACAAACAACUCCACCCCAUCUCUCUCACUCAUCAUCAUCAACAACAACAACAAUGGUUUCCCAAUCCAACGGCUCUCCGGCAACCUCACUAAACUUCUUGAUCUACGGCCGUACAGGCUGGAUCGGGGGUCUACUGGGCAAAAUCUGCGAAUCUCAGGGGAUCAACUACACCUACGGCUCCGGCAGGCUCGAAUCCCGAGACACCCUGAUCGCCGACAUCGCCGCCGUGAACCCCACCCACGUGUUCAACGCCGCCGGAGUCACCGGACGACCCAACGUUGACUGGUGUGAGUCGCACAAGGUGGAGACUAUCCGUACCAAUGUUGUUGGAACCCUAACUCUUGCUGACGUCUGCCGUGAGAAGGGGUUGAUCCUGAUUAACUAUGCUACUGGGUGUAUAUUUGAGUAUGAUUCGGAGCAUCCACUUGGGUCGGGUGUCGGGUUUAAGGAAGAGGAUAGUCCGAAUUUCACUGGGUCUUUUUACUCCAAGACUAAAGCUAUGGUAGAGGAAUUGCUCAAAAACUAUGAUAACGUAUGCACUUUACGCGUGCGGAUGCCCAUCUCUUCCGAUCUUACAAACCCCCGAAACUUCAUCACUAAAAUCAGCCGUUACGAGAAAGUGGUCAACAUCCCAAACUCCAUGACCAUUCUCGAUGAACUCCUCCCAAUCUCCAUCGAAAUGGCUAAAAGAAACCUAACCGGGAUCUACAACUUCACCAACCCCGGCUGCGUUAGCCACAACGAGGUCUUGGAGCUGUACCGUGAGUACAUUGACUCCGCUUACACCUGGAAGAACUUCAACCUUGAGGAGCAAGCAAAAGUCAUCGUUGCGCCAAGAAGCAACAACGAGCUUGAUACAACCAAGUUGAAAACCGAGUUUCCCGAGCUCUUGUCGAUCAAAGAAUCGCUUGUGAAGUAUGUGUUUGAGCCAAACCGAAAGACACCCGUUGCAGCCUAAGUGAAUUCGAGUUGCUUUUGUCUGGCUCUUUCUCGUGAUGGGAUUAUUGUUGUAUGUUCAAAUAUCAUGGGUACGAUGAGGAUUUGAUUUUCUUUACGAUAUAGUGGAUUUUUUCGUGUCGUGUUUUCUGGAUUGUUUUGAUUACGAAUAAUAUUGUUGUUGGAAAUGAUAUAGGUUUAUGAUCAUUUGGGCAUGUUAAAUUUCUUCCAUCAUUUUUAUGUAGUUGAGUUAUUUAUGAA